GUGCUACUCGAGCGGUUCCUCCGAGCGGCGGCGAGUUGUCUCGCGAAAAAAUACUCGUGAACGCGUUCUCGUGAUGUAUUCCACCCUCGAGAGUGCGGGGAUAAGUAUAUUUAUAAUAAAUUUCGGUAAAUUAUUAGGAGAAAUAGUAGAAUAAAUAAAAGAAGAGAAAGUAUUUGAAUUAGUCAAAGAAGGUAGAGAGAUAAAAGUCGAAAAAUUGUGAUCGUCGGGUGUAUCGAACGAAUCGGGUCGUCCCUGGACCAAAAAAUAAUCUCGUCGAAAGCGUGGCUUUCCAGCUGGAAGUAUUGUGGUCGAUUCUGUGCUAGCUUUUCGGAAGGAUGAAACGUUGGUCAAAGUUCACUUGCAAAAGGCCAAAGCACAAUGAAAUUUUUCGUUCCUAACCUUCCCACGAUUCCCAUUAACGAAUGGCUUUCGUCGUCCUAACGAUGUGGAAGUGACUGUGAAAAAAUCUCGCCCCGAGGCUCAACGAAUACCCGCAAAAUAUUUCCGUCAGUUCAGCACGAGCUGAGAAAAAAGUAAAAACUUUCAAAAUGUCAUUGCACUAUUAUCGCAGCGGAUAUCGAUAUCGUUCGGCAUCGAGCACAGGAAGUGGCAAUCCUGGCAGUCAGCUCCAGGCCUCGGACAGCGAUGUCGCGGAAUUGAGCGAGCUGGACGACGACGACGAGGACGAUGAGGACGACGAGGAGCGAGGCGAACAUCGACGACAUCGCCGAGCACGAGGCGGGGAACGACGAUCGAGCUAUUCCAGAAGAUCGAAACGACACGAUCACCAGGAUUAUGGGCGCGAAAGAAACGACGAUGAAAACGACGAGGACGAUGACGACGAACCUGACAAUGACGACGAAGAGGACGACGACGACGACGACGAGGAAGACGAGGAGGAGGAAGAGGAGGAAGGCGACGAGCUUCCCUAUCCCGGCUUCGUUCCUAUCGCCCUUCGAUACCUGGACCAAACUACGAGACCGCGCAACUGGUGUCUCGCUCUCAUCACCAAUCCGUGGUUCGAGAGGGUGAGCAUGAUGGUCAUACUGCUGAACUGCAUCACGCUAGGAAUGUAUCAACCCUGCGUCGAUGACAAAUGUGUGACGAACCGUUGCCAAAUAUUACAGAUGUUCGACGAUAUUAUUUUUACGUUUUUCUCGUUGGAAAUGACGAUUAAAAUGGUCGCUAUGGGGAUAUACGGACGGGGCACUUAUCUCGCCGACUCGUGGAACAGGCUUGACUUUUUUAUAGUGAUUGCAGGAGCUCUCGAGUAUUGCCUCAACGUGGAGAACAUGAACUUAUCGGCGAUUCGUACGAUAAGGGUGCUAAGGCCUCUGAGGGCGAUCAAUCGAAUUCCCAGUAUGAGGAUUCUGGUGAUGUUGUUGCUGGACACCCUUCCCAUGUUGGGCAACGUUCUGCUGCUGUGUUUCUUCGUUUUCUUCAUAUUUGGGAUCGUCGGAGUCCAGUUAUGGGAAGGAAUACUGCGGCAGCGUUGUUUCCUCAAGGCUCUGCCGAACGUCAAAUAUCCCGAGUUACUCUCGGACGAGUACUCGAUUCGAUCACGCAUUUACGAUCUCGAGAAAUAUUUCGAGUAUCAAGGACAGGAUUACAUAUGUUCGCGUCCGGAUGACAGCGGAAUGCACACGUGCAACAAUUUGCCUCCGUUGAAAUUCGGCAACAUUGUUUGCAACAGCACAGCUUUGCCAAACAGUAACGCUACUUUCAUCAAUAACGAGACUUGCGUUAACUGGAAUUACUAUUACACGGAGUGUAAGGGCCAGGGUAAUAACCCUUUUCAAGGUACAAUAUCCUUCGAUAAUAUCGGCCUCGCUUGGGUUGCAAUAUUCCUCGUGAUCAGCCUGGAAGGGUGGACCGACAUAAUGUACUACGUUCAAGACGCUCACUCGUUCUGGGACUGGAUUUACUUCGUUCUUCUCAUUGUGAUCGGAUCCUUUUUUAUGAUAAAUCUGUGCCUCGUCGUAAUAGCGACUCAAUUUUCGGAAACGAAGAAACGAGAAAUGGAGAGAAUGAGGCUGGAACGCGCCAGAUUUCAUUCGACGAGCACACUCGCAUCUUCGACCAACACUUCCGAGCCAACGACCUGCUACGCCGAGAUUGUCAAAUACAUCGGUCAUCUGUGGCGAAGGGGGAAGCGAAGAUUGGCCAAAAAGUAUCGACUUUACUUGUACAGAAGAGAGCAAGCCCGGGAGAAAAAUCUCUCGAGAAAUUGUAAUGUUCGAUCCAACGUCGUCGGCUUACGAGGAACUUGUGCCCGAGCUGCUCACCGCGAUACGUGCUUGGGUCUGUUGGCUGGCCUCGAGAGCGGCGAACAAGUUGGCAGCGCCAUUUUCGUUGACCCUAAUGUGCCAGUGGUCAGUCCUGAAUUGUCCGAAAGCGAUCAGUGCAACCAAAUCAACGUUCGGAGUACCUGCGACCUCCAUCGAGCUACCUCCGUGCACUCGAAUGGUCUGAUCGCCAACGACAACAGCUCCGCUCGUACCUGUUCUCAUCCAAAUGGGGAGGGUCAAAACAAUUUAGCAUUACUGAGUCCCCCAUGCGGCCACAACCGUCGUCGAAGUAGCGUUAUGUUUAGCGACGUUGUGUUGCUUCACGGAGCUGCGAGUGGUGCGAAUAACGCGAUGCCCAGUUCGCCCGGUCUCGGCGGUGCGCCGUCAACUCCGACCACCAACAAUAAUAAUUUGUUAAUGGCUUCUCCACCGGCGAGUACCAACAUCGCCCCUCUCGGUGAAAAAAACAUUUGCUCGAGUGAAAAGACCACUCAGACCAGCGAUGGAAACGUCUGGUCUACCUGUCGCGCCAACAAUCCGCAGGCCGAUCUCGGGAAAAGCGAAGCCAUGACUUGUCAGGAGCUGCUGGCACUGAGCGGAGCGCUCGGUGCUGCGUUGCCAACGGGUCAGUUGGCUCGAGACACUUUCCUCAACUCGUUAGCGAAAGGAAUAACCGAUCGGGGCAGCACCGGAGGAUCCCAACAACAGGGAGAGCAGCAACAGGAGCGAUCGAUGACCGAUUGGACUAACGAAACUACCGGACAAUCCGUGCAAAUAAAUUGCCCGUGUUGCUGCCAAGUACCGAUGGUCGGCGGUGCUUCGGUAGGCUCCCAAUGGCCUGGCGAAGCUCCAGAAAACCCUGACGGCAAAUGGCAGUCUUCUCGGACCCGGAAAUUCCUUAAAGCCUCCGGCAACUGUUGCGUCUGUGGAAUUCGAUGCGUACAACGAUGGGUGAAGAAACUCGUCGAGCACAAGUACUUUCAGCAGGGCAUUCUUCUCGCGAUUCUCAUCAACACUCUCAGCAUGGGAAUCGAAUACCACAAUCAGCCAGAAGAAUUGACAGUUAUCGUGGAGAUAAGCAACGUCGUAUUCUCGGCGGUUUUUGCUGUUGAGAUGCUGCUCAAGAUCAUCGCCGAAGGGCCUUUCGGCUACAUCAGCAACGGGUUCAACGUCUUCGACGGUGUCGUCGUUGUGCUGAGCGUGGUAGAGCUUUUCCAGUCCUACGCGACGGAAGACAGAGGCGGAAGUUCGGGUCUGAGUGUUCUCCGAACGUUUCGUCUGUUGAGGAUCCUAAAGCUGGUACGUUUCAUGCCAAAUCUGCGAAGGCAAUUGUUCGUGAUGUUGCGAACGAUGGACAACGUGGCAGUUUUUUUUUCGCUGUUGGUUCUCUUCAUUUUCAUAUUCAGCAUACUAGGGAUGUACCUGUUCGGGGGUAAGUUUUGCAUGUGGGCGGACCGGAGUCGGCCCUGUACCUGUGCCGAGGUCGUAUCGCGCCACCCAAUGUGUCGCUGUGAUCGAAAACAUUUCAACGACAUCGUCUGGGCACUCGUCACAGUUUUUCAGAUUCUUACCCAAGAGGAUUGGAACGUCGUGCUUUUCAAUGGUAUGCAGAAGACGUCGCACUGGGCCGCCCUGUACUUCGUUGCGUUAAUGACUUUCGGCAAUUACGUGCUCUUCAAUUUGUUGGUCGCCAUUCUCGUCGAAGGCUUCUCAUCAGAGAGAAACGAGAGACGCGAACGGGAGCAAAGAGAAAUGGCGAAACUCUCGGCCAAAGAAGGAGGCAUCGGCAGCGACGACGGAUCAUCCAGGAUCUCGAGAUCACACUCGAUCACGGAUAGCGACACGUACACUCAGCAGGAUCGCGGUGGUAAAAAUUCGUGGCAGAGCGAACAAGACUUCAUCAAGUACAAGGACAACUGCGGCAGAGAUCGAAACAAGGACAAUCGCUCGUGGAUCAACCAUCCGAUUGACGAACCGAAAUGCAACAUACAAAAAGAGAGCAAAAUGAUGGGGAGCGGAGCUGGAGCCCAGCCACCGAGGAUCACGCACACCGCAGCAACCCCCCAGGACUCUCCGAACACGACGCUCGAUACCGGCUACAGAGAACUCAAUUGCCGGACCGUUUAUCCCACCAAUCUUUCGAUCGAGUCGAUCGAUCGUUCAGGGAGUCAGUGGAGCAUCCCCUCGCGUUUGCUCAAACCGCCGGACAACAACCACAAAUUUCCAACGAAUAAUCUCGUCGUUGCAAACCAGAUACAAUUGCCAGUAGUGAGACACGUCAGUCCGGCCUUGACCUCGAACUCGUCAUCGUCCAGAGAAUUCGGCAGCGUCUCGAGUCCAUCGAGAAUCCAGCGAGGAUAUUCCUGGCGCUUGUCCCGGCCCUCGCUCGGCAGGAAACGGAUGUCUCAGAGUGACGAGGUCGAGCCCGGAGGGCAAAACAUCAUUCUGAAUAACGGUCGGAGCACCGGAUCCAGGUCACAUUCCAUAUUGUAUCCCAGUGAUUUCAUCGGCUACAACACCGGCGGUGGGUACUUGCACGGUUCAAUUCGUAACGACACGCAGCGAGACGCGCCGAACAAUCUCUCGAGCUUCGUCGGAAGCAACAAUCGCAGCACGAGUCCCAACAAUUCGAUCAAGAGUCGCAGUUCCUCGAUCGCUCGCUGCUACACACCGAAUCAGCAGAUGCGAUGGAUCAGCGACCACAUAUCCCUGUCCCGUCGGAACUCCCUCCGAGCGGGUUACGACAUCGUUCAAUCCCGUGGGAAGAUGCUGCCUUUCGACGAGCAAAUAAAUUUGCCACCGAGUUUGUGCUCGUCGACUCCGCGAACGAUAAAUAACUUGACGAUUGAAACGGUCGGCGCCGCGCUACCGCGAAUAAAACGUCUCGUCGAGGAGCCCCACGACCCGGGGGAGCAAACUUUUGGCUCCCGUUGCCACGUCGCUGGCGAACAAAGUCCGCCGGCCUCCAACGCCAAUCCGAGCGUCGCCAGCAGCGUCGAAACGAUCAAAAAAAUUUUCAUGUUCUUCGAGCCGAAAGGGUGCCUCAAGGAACGCGAUGACUAUUCUCUCUACUUGUUCCCACCGAACAAUCGCUUUCGCAUCCUCUGCCGCCUCUUCGUCGAACAAAAGUGGUUCGACAACGUCGUUCUCUUAUUCAUCGGCUUAAAUUGCAUCACCCUCGCGAUGGAGCGCCCCAACAUACCGCCCGACAGCCGAGAACGGGUUUUUCUCUCCACUGCCAAUUACAUUUUCACUGCUGUCUUCGCCGUUGAGAUGUUCGUGAAGGUCGUUUCAUCUGGCAUGCUCUAUGGGUCUGAGGCCUACUUCACUUCCGGUUGGAACAUCAUGGACGGAUCACUCGUUAUAAUAUCGAUAAUAGACCUCUCGAUGUCGGUUUUGUCGUCGAGCAGUCCACGAAUAUUUGGAAUCUUGAGGGUUUUCCGGUUGUUGCGAUCGUUGAGACCUUUGCGAGUGAUAAAUCGAGCUCCAGGAUUGAAACUCGUUGUUCAAACAUUGCUGUCUUCGCUGCGACCCAUCGGAAAUAUCGUUCUCAUUUGUUGCACCUUUUUCAUCAUAUUUGGCAUCCUCGGAGUACAAUUAUUCAAAGGUGCCUUUUACUAUUGCGAUGGUCCGGAUAUAAAACACGUGCGGAAUAAAACUGACUGCCUUGCCGACAAGAGAAACGUCUGGCUCAAUCGAAAAUACAAUUUUGAUGAUCUCGGCAAGGCUCUCAUGUCGCUGUUCGUGUUGUCGUCUCGCGACGGUUGGGUCAACAUUAUGUACACCGGUCUGGAUGCUGUUGGGGUCGAUCAACAGCCUGAGGAAAACUAUUCGGAAUGGCGUUUGCUCUACUUCAUCGCGUUUAUUUUGCUCGUGGGAUUUUUCGUGCUCAACAUGUUCGUGGGAGUGGUCGUCGAGAAUUUUCAUCGUUGUCGAGAGGAACAAGAGAAAGAGGAGAGAGUCAGGAGAGCAGCCAAACGUGCCCUGCAGAUGGAAAAAAAACGGCGAAAAAUGCAUCAACCUCCCUAUUACACCAACUACUCGAAAACUCGUCUCCUCGUUCACAAUGUCGUCACUUCGAAAUAUUUCGAUCUCGCGAUAGCAGCAGUCAUUGGACUAAACGUCGUUACCAUGGCCAUGGAAUUUUACAUGAUGCCCAAGGCGCUCACCUACGCACUCAAGAUAUUCAAUUAUUUCUUCACCGCCGUUUUCAUUCUUGAGUCUUUCAUGAAACUUUUGGCACUCGGAAUUCAUCUUUAUUUGAAGGACAAGUGGAAUCAACUGGACAUUGGAAUCGUGAUAUUGUCCGUAGUUGGAAUAGUUCUCGAGGAGCUCGAGUCGAAAAUAAUACCGAUAAAUCCGACGAUUAUUCGAGUUAUGCGUGUGCUGCGAAUAGCGAGAGUUCUGAAGUUGCUCAAAAUGGCCAAGGGAAUACGGGCACUUUUGGACACCGUGAUGCAAGCGCUUCCCCAAGUUGGAAAUCUCGGUCUGCUCUUUUUCCUCCUCUUCUUCAUAUUCGCCGCUCUCGGAGUCGAGCUCUUCGGCAGACUAGAAUGCAACGACGAGAUGCCAUGUCAGGGUCUGGGAGAGCACGCCCAUUUCAGCAACUUUGGGAUGGCAUUUCUGACACUGUUCAGAGUUGCGACGGGUGACAAUUGGAACGGUAUUAUGAAAGACACAUUGCGCGAUGAUUGUGAUGACGCAGCUGAUUGUGUGAAGAAUUGCUGCGUCAGUACAUUCAUAGCUCCAAUUUUUUUCGUAAUAUUCGUACUAAUGGCCCAAUUCGUCUUGGUCAACGUCGUCGUCGCCGUUUUGAUGAAACAUCUCGAGGAGAGUCACAAGCAGAUGGAGGACGAACUCGACAUGGAGACUCAGCUGGAGAGGGAGCUUGCAGCCGAGCAAGAAGAGCUUCUGGAAGUCGGGGAGGAAGAGGAAGAUGAAGAAGAGGAGGACGAGGAUGAGGAGGAGAAUAACGAAGACGAGGAGGAGGACGAUGACGAGGAAGAAGGAGAAGCAAUGUCGACCGGUAAAGCCAACGAAGAAAAUAUGGAAAAUCGUACGAGCGAGGGUCCGGAGAGUGGCUCGACAAAAAUCGGAGGUACGAUCGGUGUCCAAGAGAACGCGAGCUCCAGAGAUUCCGGGGAAGUGUCGCGUUGCAAUGAAAUCGUAAACGAUGAGGAAAACGACUGCAGGCCGAUUGCCAUCGUCGGAGUGACCUCCGGCGAUUCGAAUCGGGAAACGAGUCCCCAAGAUUCGAGCAUCAAGUCAUCGAAGCUCGAAGUGAAGGAGGUUCGGAAAAAUAUCGCGGAGCGAGAGGACCAAAGCGAUUCCGGGAAACCAGCGUUAGCCAAAGUCCGCUCGUUACCUUCAAACUUUACGUACAACCCGCCUGCCAGGGGCGGUGAAACUCGCCGGAAAAUCGAAGAAACAUCAGCAUCCGGUUCCUGGAAUGCGGAAGAGCCGAGCAGACGCCGCGCCGGUGGAUCUUUUCACCGCAAUUCGGGCAGCAGGUCGUCCUCGAAGCGUCACAAGCUCAAACGCCGAGAGACGUUCCACGCGCAGCAGCGUGCAGCGGCAGCCUCUCUUUUGAGCGCAGCCGGAAGUGCCUCGCGGCCUCCGAUCGAGGUCGCUGAGUUGAUAAAGCAACCGACCAGCAAUCUGAGCGUACCGCGUAUAAUAACGCAGAGAAACACGAGUUUUAGCGCACCGAGUGGCAAGAAAUACGGUGGGCAAAGCUCCCCAGCCGGUGCGACGAGCCCACCGGAAGCCGGACAUCCGACGGUCAAGUCGCUGCUGACGGUGAGUUCGACGACUUGUCCAUCCCCGAGAGCCUCCAGACUCGUGUCGAUAAACGCCGAUGGGACGACCCGAGUGGAAAGGAGACACUCGUCCUCGCUCUACCCCGGUGGAAACAACGCCGCCGCAGCCGGUUCCCCGAGCAAUAAUGCCAGCAACAGCAAUAACAGCAGCAACCUUAACACCGCCGCUGCUGCUUCGACGGCUACCGGGCGCUUCGGUUCCACGAGAUUCCCUCGAGGACAAUCGAGCUCCUGGAAAACUCCGGCGGAGCCACGUCCAACUGAAACCGAGCUUGACGUCCAAUCCGUAAUAAACGAGAGGCGACCGUCCAGACUGAAAAGUACGAUUAACCAGACCGACACGAGUCUCAUCAGGACAGAAAAUGCCGAUGAGAACUGCCAGCAGGAUCCGAACGAGCAACGUUCCACAGCCAUUUCCAUCUUCGAAGGACCCUCCGAUUCUCCUGAUUUCUCCAAAUUGUACAAGAACGAGGAAGACACCGAGGAGGUCCCGAAGGCUCCGGAACCGGAAACUUGGACCCCCCUCUGCAGUGACGCCGCCCCCGAUCCGAGACUCGAUCCUGACGAAUCUUCUUCGAACAACGCCAAGGAGGAAUUCAUUCACGGCGACCAAUCGAUCGCUCAUACGAACGUUGUUAUCAGCGUCGAGUACCUCGACGAAACCGUCGAGCCUAAUACCCGGACGGACAAUAUUAGCCAUAACGAAGAGCCCGACGAUCCGUUGGAAAGUCUUCUCCCACCAGCCAAACGCUCGGACUCCUAAUUUCCUUCUUCCUUAUUCCUACAUUUUCGUUCGGAAGCUUUUUUAUUCAUUCUUCCAAGCAUUUACACAACAUUCUCCGGGCAACUGCGCUCUUUACCUACAAACACUCGAAUGCGCUUCGUCAUUGACGCUUCUUAUCUUCGGAAUUAAAGUCUUCGAUCAUCGACCACGAAGCCACAAUUUUUUGGGGGAUUUGGGAAAAGUCAUUAACGAUCGGAUUUUUUAUGGAUUUUCGUUCAAGCACGAUGCUGCGCAGUAAUAACUCAUUUUUGUAAAGCAAAAAAACCGAAAUUUUAAACCUCGACGAGGCGUAUUUCAACAGCAGUUUCCAAUUGUACGAUGACGAAACGGCUAAAAGAAUUUUCAGGUUAUCGAGACAACGUCGCAGCGCUCGAGAUGUCUGAAGGGACAAUCGUUGCAGCCGGAGAAUGCCCUGAUACGCGUCUAGUUAAACGAGAUUCAAUAACGUCUUGUGUGUACACAACUGUACACAACGAUGCCUCGUAUAAUAUAUGCCCAUGACAAUCUUUUGUGCCGAAUAUUGUGCCUCACCUUGCUGAACUCGUGUAACCGAGCCAGGGGAGGCGAGAGUUUAAGAGUUUAUUAGGAACAACAAUUGUAAUAAUGAUAAUCGUCGCUCGAUUGACGACCCUCGAGUCGAGUCGAGAGUCGAUCGACUGCGAUCGACGACGUCGGAUGUCGACGGGACGAGGCAGUGGCUCGAAACACACUAUUUUUCCAUUCACGUUUAGAGAUAAAUAAAUAAAUUCGAAAGGAAAUUGCACAUGAAAAUUGGUGCAGAUAAAAAAUCCGGAGCUGUCGUUGAAAGAUCGCCUUAGAUCGUUUGAGCAAUCAAUUAUUUUUAUACACUUUCACACUGAUUUUGAAAACUCAUUUUUUCAUUAGAUCUUGACCAAGGAAUUUUGAGCUUCUCUCUGUCAAAAAAGCCACGAAGAAUGAGCGACUCUCCAUCUCGUUUGGAAAAAACUUUUGAUAAUAUUCCAGCCCCCUUUAUUGGGCAGAACUUUAAUUGGAAAUUUUUCUCUACAGACCUCACAGGCUUGGGAAUAUUCGAGGUGAUUUUGAGCUACUGGCCCAGAUGUCCACAUUCACAGGAGCAACUAAGUUUUUGGUGCUGAUGUAGCAAGAAAAUGAAAUAAUAAUGUCGCGCACACACACUGAGAGUCUACGAGAUAGAAAAAUAUGAAAAUGUGUACUUAUCGCGUGUAACGCGUGCGUACACCGUUUAGAAUAUGUGUAAUUAUAGUUUAUAUAUAUAUAUAUGUAUAGUAUGAAAUUCAUUGAACGUGAAACUGUGGGGAUAACAGCAGAAUAUAUAUACUGUAUAAUAUGCACCGAACGUACUUUAGAGCGUAGAAAUAUGGAGGGUUAGCUCGCAGCGAUAUCUCUCUGCCAAGAACAAAUAGUACUGAAAUUUAAACAUUUUUUUUCUUUACAAAAUUCACUCUUUCUUGCCAUUAUUAUACUGUAUAUGGAUAGCACCACGAUCGUGAUCAAACAUGAGCUACUCUCGUUAUCAAAAAGGAGGAUUUUGUGGUUAUAAUCCUGGAGAAAAAACGUUUACCAAUGAAUUUUUGAAUGUGUUUUUGAAAUUUUUAGGAAAAAAGUUCGAAUGAAAAGACCACGAUGGGGUUUACGAUUUCGUUGGAUUUUCUGAGAAUUUCCUCAGCCUUGGAAACUUGUGGUUGUUUCUCUUGUCAAUUUUUGGUGUCCCGGUAGAGAAAAAUGGAGGCUUGAAUUUCGAAUAUUCUGGGACAGAAAGCGACGAAUUUUUCCAGACUUUGAAUAAAUUAAUGAACUUUUGAAAAAUAUUUUUAAAUUCACUGAUCCAGAGGACUUUUUGGAAAAUUACGUACAAAGUGGACUCGUUUCAUAAGGAGAGUCGCUCGUGUCUGAUGACGCCUGUGAUGUUAAUACGAUUAACGAAAAUUGACCAUCUCUUGGAAGAAAAAAAAAUCCAUUGACAUCUGUGAUAUCGAGGCGCGUAAAUGAGCGCGUAUACAGGGACACGCGCAACAAAAGAGAAAAUCCACAGCCAGAGCUCUGUGUGCAAUUAACCUACGUAGAAAAAUUUCUUAGGAUACGUGGAUUUUCCGGAGGAUGAUUGAACAAUUGGACUAAACAAACUGGAAUUAUAUUUCCACGCGCAUGUACAAAACCGAGAAACCGCUUAUAAUCUGCGGUGGAUCAUCGAAUUGAUCGAGCCAUUGUGAAAAAAGGCAGAAAAUCAAUCUGACUUUAUGACGUUGAAGAAAGUACCGGAGUCUCUAAAUUCAAUGUUUAAACCUCGUUGAAAAAAGCGUGCAAACUCGACACUAGGAGUGACGACGAAUUGGAAAUUUUUUAAAAAUCUAUCGCGACAAUCCUUUGGUGCAAUCACUGCCUGCAUUCUCUUGGGCAAACUUUCUAUACUUUUUUGAAUUUCAACUUUUCACUUCGUGACUGCACCCUUGACUCAGGCUGUCCACCAGACUGCCUCGUGAAAUUUUUCUUCUCUACACGCAGGUCUAAAAGCACUGAAAGAUGUUUAGAGGUGAAAAAAGUUGUCGGGUCAGUCGAGGCCUCUCGUGGAAUUGAACGAGCAGCAUUUCGAUCUCAAUCUCAAAAAAAGAGUUAUUUCUUAAAUAAAUGGAGAUGGCUCCACUAGUUCAAUGAACCACUGUACAUAUAUCCAGUCUCUUUCUCUUUUUACACAUUCUAAAUCAUUUAUUUUGAUACUAUAACGUCCCCCACGAAGGGAGGGCGAAGAAAAAACAUUUUUUGUCGAAUCUCAACUCUUGUAGAAGGUCGUUUGAACCUUGAUAAGAGAUCCUGGUCCUCGCACACAUGGUAAGAAAUACAUUUUUUGUUUCCCCUCGAAGCUCAUUCUUUUCUAUCAUUAACGGUGUCGCGUUACAAUCGAGGGUAGUUGAUAACCUUGUGCCAGUUCGAUAGUCAUAGAAGUCAAAUGCCAAGUGGAAAGAACAAGAAAAAAGGGCAGAACAAUAGAGACCUCGUCAGUGUCGUUACCCUCGAGUGCGAAUCUCUCGCCUUUUUCACCGCAUUUCAAGGGAACAGACGCGUGUAUAAAUGUAGUAAUUAUGCCACUGACCUGAGCGAGAGUAACGUUACGAAUUGGAGCAUGUAUUAUGCGAUUCAUGUCUUUAUUUAGACUCGAAGUAAAUGCGUUAUAGCCACGAGAGGAUUAAAAUGUACUAUGUAUACGUAUAACAAUAAUGAUACAUACGACGAAACCUGACGAGAUAAAUAAACCGAGAACGAAUGAUUGAUUAA